GACGCGUCACGGCGCCGUUUUUGACUCGCAUUUUCGGAGGCUAAAAGUUAGUCUUGGCGCCGUUCUUGCCGAUUUCAAAAUUGAAAAGUUGGUCGGAUUUUCUGAAAAUUGGUUGAAUUUUUGACGAAAUUUAAAAGUCGGAAAAAUAAAAACGUCAAAAUUGAUCCUGCUAUUUGGGGUAAACUGCGAUCCGGGCAGGGACGGAGGAUGGGUACAGGGGACCGACUUCUAGAUAUACCUUGCAAAGUUUGUGGAGACAGAAGUUCUGGAAAACAUUAUGGAAUUUACAGUUGCGACGGAUGUUCUGGAUUUUUUAAGCGUAGUAUACACCGAAAUAGAGUUUACACUUGUAAGGCAACAGGAGAUAUGAAAGGACGUUGUCCCGUUGAUAAGACCCAUCGAAAUCAAUGUAGAGCGUGUAGAUUAAAUAAAUGCUUUCAGGCUAGUAUGAACAAAGAUGCCGUACAACACGAAAGAGGCCCUCGAAAACCGAAAAUACAACACGCACCUUCUACUCAAAUCCAUCGUUCAUCUGGAUUACCCCAUUCUUUGCAACAUCUCACAGGUCACAGCGAACCGAAGCAUUCUUUAUCGAGUGCUGCUUCUGGUCCUACAAUCCCCACAGGUUUUCAUUUUACUCCCUCCGGAUUAUUUAACCCUCACCAUCCUAUGAAAAGUUUAACUAUUCCUCCUCCCCCGCCGCCCGUCUCUAGUCCAACAGUGGAUGCUGUUACCGCCUUGCAGCUUCCGCCUAUGUUCCAUCAUCCUGCCAUGCCUCCACCACCAGGACUGUUACAUAUUUUGAUGUCUGCGGAAAAGUGUCAAGAAUUGGUAUGGGGCACUAAACUAUCUCAGCUAGAAUCGCCAACAAGUGAUCCAGGAAUAAUGCCGAGCCCUACAGGCUUACCUCUAGCCACAAGUCCACCCUUAGCACCAUUACCCCUCACGCCGACGUGGGAAAUGUUGCAGGAAACUACAGCCAGAUUGCUCUUCAUGGCCGUGAGAUGGGUUAGAUGUUUAACUCCGUUUCAAACACUGAGCAAACACGAUCAACUCUUACUUUUACAAGAAUCCUGGAAAGAAUUAUUUUUAUUACACCUCGCUCAAUGGUCGGUUCCUUGGGAUCUAUCAACUUUGCUGGGAUGCCCCCAGGCUAGGGAAAGACUGCCAGCAGAUUUGCAUACUGCCACCGAAAUCAAAACAAUACAGGAAAUAAUGUGUCGUUUUCGUCAAAUAUCCCCAGAUGGCAGUGAAUGUGGAUGUAUGAAAGCAAUCUUACUUUUUACACCAGAAACUGCCGGACUAUGCGAUGUUCAACCUGUAGAAAUGCUUCAAGAUCAAGCUCAAUGCAUCCUUGGAGAUUACGUUAGAACCAGAUACCCCAGGCAACCAACAAGGUUUGGUCGAUUGCUACUCUUAGUCCCGAGUUUAAGAGCAAUUCGAUCGAUCACUGUAGAAUUACUUUUCUUUAAAGAGACAAUAGGAGAGAUUCCUAUCACGCAAUUACUAGGAGACAUGUAUUAUAUGGAAAAGUGUGCUUCCUCUCCCUAAGAUUAAUAAUUUAUUAUAGGUGUAUUAUAGCUGUAUCGAAUGUGUAACAGAUUUAUCAAAUUUAUUGAUCAUGUACUCUUAAUAGCAGCUACCAUCUUUUUUCGGAUAGAUAUGUCAAUAAAAGAUUUAUUUGUUUUUUUUUUUCGUGUUAUUCUAAGUCUAAGUUAUUCAACAGCAAAUAUAAGUGUAAUAAAGUUAUCAAUCUGAAUUUUAUAUCUCCCGUCAGUGCUUUUUAUUCAAUAAAUGUUAUUUUCUUUGUUUAUUA